AUGCGGUUAAACGCACAAAUCUUGCGUUUCGUGUUUACAUGGGCAGUAGAUGACAUCACAACUGCAUUUGAGUUAAUUGCCGAUGAAUUCGACGAAGAGACCGACGAUCUAUUUGAAUAUUUCGAAAAAACUUGGAUUGGUGGACCAAAAAGAAGAGAAACUGGUGGAAAGAAGCCUCUUUUUGAUCACAAAUUAUGGAAUAUUCAUGAUCGAUUUGCCGCCGCUGUACCUCGUUCAAACAAUUCGGUGGAAGGCUGGCAUAAUGCAUUUGCCAAUCGUGUCUCAAUUAGUCAUCCAACGACUAUCAAGUUAACAGAGAAAAUUCGUCGUGAAUAA